UUGCUGAUGCAAUUAAAAACUCAGCUAUAAAAGCAAUGAAAAUCUUAAAUACUCAACCCAAAGUUACCAUUAUCUUACCAACAAAUACUGCCGGGAAAGCGAGAAUAGAUAGUGCUAAUUAUGUGGCCAAAAAGCGUAAAAUGUUUGAACAACUUGGUAUUCCUAUGCAAUUAAUAAAAAUUUCACCUCAAUAUAAUGAAACUUAUAUUAGAACACUUAUUAAAGAUUUAAGUAAUGAUCCUAGUAAUACUGGUAUCAUUGUACAAUUACCAUUUCCAUCCAAUUUCUCAGUUAAUAAAAAUAAUAUUUUAAAUGCAAUUCCUAUUCAUAAAGAUAUUGAUGGAUUAUCUUUGGGUUCUAUUGGUAAUUUAUUUGAUUUAAGUAAAGGCAUAAAACCCGCUACUCCACUUGGUAUUUGUAGUAUUUUCGAUUAUUAUAAUAUCCCAACGGAGGGUAAACAUAUUGUAAUUAUGGGCAAAGGUCAACUCGUAGGACAACCACUUUCUUGUAUGCUAAUGGGUCCUCCAUACAAUGCCACUGUAACAACUUGUGAUAUACAUACGGAAAAUAUAGACAAAAUUACUCAAAGUGCUGAUAUUUUAAUCGUUGCCAUUGGUAAAGCACUUCAUGUUAAUGAAGAUUUGGUUAAACCUGGUGCUAUAGUAAUUGAUGCUGGUAUUAAUAAGAUACCAUCAAAUUUUACUAAUGGGGAUGCAAAGAUUGUAGGUGAUGUGAAUCAUUCAGUAUAUAAAAAAUGCAAAUACUAUACCCCUGUACCAGGAGGUGUCGGUUUGCUUACUGUUAGUUCAUUGGCUUUUAAUGCUGUCAACGCAAGCAUUUUGCAACAAGGAUUAUCACCUUUAAAUCUAUCUCAACUAAUAAGAGAAAAAUAUUCGUCGGAAACGGUUAGAAAACUCAGUACAAUUAGUUAUCACAGACCUUCUUUUAAAGCAAGUGAAAGAAAAAAGUUAAAUCUUUUAUUAUUCUCUUCCGGUUAUAAUGGUAUGACACAGAGAAUAAAGAAUGAAUUACUUCGUCUUGGACACUCAGUAACAUUUCAAGUAGCCAACUCAGAUGACGCUAUGCGUUCUGCCUUUUGGCAAUAUAAACCUGACUUGAUUAUCUGUCCGACACUUAUGACGCCCAUACCUGAAGAUAUCUAUACUAAAGUAAAGUGUCUUAUUGUUCAUCCUGGAAUUAAGGGUGACAGAGGUCCUUCUUCGUUAGAUUGGGCUAUUAUUGAUAAAAAAGAUGAAUGGGGUGUUACUAUCCUUGAGGCUGAUAAAGAAAUGGACGCAGGUGCCAUUUGGGCAAGCAAAAACUUUUUAUCUCCAAAAAUUGUUACUAAAACUCAUUUGUAUAAUUCCUAUAUUACCGAUACUGCUUCCAAAUUGGUACUUGAGUGUGUUGAAAAGUUUCAAUUAGAUGAUUUUAAACCUGAACUAUUAAAUUAUGAUGAUACUUCUGUGAAAGGUCGACUUCAUGAAACUAUUAAGCAAACACAUUAUAAUCGACAAAUAAACUGGGAAAAGGAUACUACAGAAAUAAUAUUAAGAAAAAUACGUGCAGCUGAUAGUCAACCAGGAGUCAAAGCUGAGAUCGACUUUAAUGGUCAAAAAAUCACGAGAUUCUUAUAUAAUGCCUAUAAUGAAAAAAUGAUCAAUAAAGAUUUGACAGCAUAUCCUGGAAGGAUUCUUGCAAAACGGGAUGAAGCCAUUUGUAUUGCUACAAAAGAUGGAGCAUUUUGGGUUUCUCAAUUACGUUCACCAAAAACAAAAAUAAAACCUUAUCCAUUUAAGUUACCAGCAACUAUACAGUUAGGUAAACUAUCUGAAAAUAUUCCUACGAUCGAUCUUAAACAUAGUCUUAUGAAACCAACUAUUGACACUUUUCAAGAGAUAAGUUUUGAGUUAUUUGAUUCCUAUGGUGUCUUAUAUUUUAAUUUUUAUAAUGGGGCUAUGAGCACUUCACAAUGUGAAAGGCUUCUAAAAGCCAUUAAACAAUGUCAAAAGAUGCCUAUUAAAGGAUUAAUCCUUGCCGGUAAUGCGAGUAAUUGGUCGAAUGGUAUUAAUCUAAAUGUUAUUCAAUACACUACUAAUCCGAGUACAGAGGCAUGGAAAAAUAUUAAGGCGAUAAAUAAUGUAGUUAAGGAAAUCAUUAAACUUACAAACAUAAUAACAGUAGCAGCAGUACAAGCUAAUGCUGGUGCAGGUGGUGUUUAUUUGGCCCUCGCGACUGACUUUUCUUUUGUUAAACCAGGAGUUGUUUUAAAUCCUCAUUACAAGAAUAUGGGUUUAUAUGGCUCAGAGUUACAUACUUAUACAGCAUCUAAACGUAUAGAUAUGUCUAUACUAAAACAACUUAAAGAAAAUGCAAAUCCAAUACUUGCCAUAGAAGCAAUUGAAAUUGGUCUAUUUGAUAAUUUGAUGCAGACGAACCCUGAACAAAAUUUUUUGGAUAAUGUUAAGAGAUUCAUGGAUACUAUUAUUGUUGACACUUCAAAGUUUACAAACUUUAUUAAAAAUAAACAAAUUAUUCGUAUGCAAGAUGAAUUAGCAAAGCCAUUAAAAGAAUAUGAGAAAAAUGAAUUAGAAGAAAUGCAUAAGGACAUGUUUGAAAAUCGUAACAACUUUCAUGAAAGAAGAUUCGCAUUUGUCACAAAAUCCCUUCUUAAAUAG